AAUGUGGAAGAAGUAGCGACAGUUUUAACAAUGAUUCCAUUAGCAACAACUGUACGUGGAUGGAGGUACCCUCCCCAUCUAUGGAGACGCCAACUGGAAUUGCGGUUGUGGCAGGGACGGCCAUGGCGGCGACCGGGUCGACGCGCUGCGACCCGCCGUGUGGGCCCGAGGUGGCGUGCCGCAACUUCGGCAACGGCAGCAGCCUGUGCGUGUGCCCGCACGACGCGUCGCCGCCCACGCCCGACGGCAAGUGCCCGCAGCGUCGCACCGUCAUUCAUAUCAAGAGCAAGAGUCAUUAUAAAUAUGAAAUUGUUUUGAAAGGUACAUAA